AUGCCUCCUCCAUUUGAUAUGAUUUCUAAGAUGCAUCCUCCUAGAGAGGCUUGGAGGCUGAAAGUUAGGGUUCUAAGGCUUUGGGUUGUACCCUCUUUUGGGAAUCAUGAUGUUCCUAACUCAAUGGAGAUGAUUCUCCUUGAUGAGCAUUGUGAAAAAAUUCAAGCUACAGUUAAGAAACCACUCCUUAAUAGGUUUAAGGAUCAUAUAGUUGAAGGUCAAGUUUAUAGAAUAGCAUACUUUACUGUUGUGUCAAAUCAUGGUAGUUAUAGAGCAACUUCUCAUGAAUUCAAAUUGGUUUUCCUUCACCGAACCACUGUUGUAGCUGUUGAUGAAGAUGUUAUCCCUAAGACUUGUUUCAACAUGUUUCCUUUUUCUGAGCUGCUGAACAUGACCAAAGAUUAUGAUUUUUUAGUUGAUGUCAUUGGCCUUUUAACUUCAGUGGGAGAAGAGAAAGAAUAUGCAAAAGAGGAGAAAUUUGUGAAAAUGAUUAUGCUUGAAUUAAGUUCAAAAAAUGCGAUGGCAUUGUUUGGGGACUAUGUUAAUCAAGUAAAUCAUUUCCUUGCCUCUGGCUAUGUGGAGCAGCCUAUUGUAGUGAUUCAACUUGCUAAAGUCAAGUUCUUUAGGGGUCAAGUAGGCCUUCAAAAUGUGAUGUAUGCCACUCAAAUGUUAUUUAAUCCUGAUCUUCCUGAAGUUGUUGAAUUCAGGCAGAGUAUGGUUGAGCAAGGUGUCAAUGGUACCCAACCACUGUUUAUUGCAAAUGAGGGUAAAGUUGUUUCCUUGAAAGAUGAUUUCAUGCGUUUAACUAGAAAAUGCACUAUUAAAGAUCUUCAAGAUAACAAUGAGGAGGGUUCUUUUAUCAUUUUUGGUACAAUCCAAUGUAUUGUUGAGGAUGGAGGUUGGUGGUAUUCUGCUUGUGUGUGUGGAAAGGAUAUCUAUCCUCAAAAUGGUGCAUAUUACUGUGAUUUUUGUUUGAAGCACGUAACUAAUGUGACUCCAAGAUUUAAAAUUAAAAUAACAGUUGAAGAUCAUAGUGGGGAGAGUAUUUUCCUUCUCUUUGAUCGUGAGGCAUCUUAUUUGCAUAAGAAAUCAUGUGCUGACUUGUUUACCGAGGUUCAAAGAGAUGCAAGUGGAUACUUAUCCUCCCAUAUUCCAAGGGCUCAUUGGAAAGAAGUUACUGCUGAAGGUUGA